AUGGCACAGUUGAAGGUCCUCAUCUGCGGUGCAGGCAUUGCCGGCAACGCGCUUGCUUUCUGGCUUUCCAAAAUGGGCCAUGACGUGACGGUUAUCGAGCGGUUCCCGGCCCUGCGCGCCACGGGCCUGCAAAUCGAUCUGCGGGGCCACGGGAUCGAGGUCAUGCGACGAAUGGGGCUCGAGCCAUCGUUCCGCGCGAAAUCCGUUAAAGAGCAAGGCUUGGAAGUUGUUGAUCGCUCUGGCAGACGAAGGGCCUAUUUUCCGGCGAACAGGUCAGGCAAAGGGAUACAGAGCUUCACCACCGACUUUGAGAUAUUAAGGGGCGAUUUAUGUCGGCUUCUUUACGACACCACGGUGAACCGUGUCAAGUACGUCUUCGGAACGAGUCUUGAAAGCAUCAACGACAAUGAUGGCUUUGUCGAGGCCGUCUUCUCAGGUGGUGGGAAGGAAACUUAUGAUUUCAUAGUCGGUGCGGACGGCCAGGGAUCACGCACUCGCAGGUUGAUCCUCGACUCUGACACUGCGGAUCCUUUCCAUUCCCUCGGGGUCUACAUAGCGUAUUUCACGCUCCCCCGGCCCAGCACAGGGGAUCAAUACCUUGCCUCUGUAUAUAUCGCUCCUCAAAGGCGGUUUGUGGCCGUUCGCAGGCAUAGUCCACGCCAGAUUCAGGUGUACCUCGCCUGCAAGCCCGAUUCGUGCAAGCCGAAGUCGGACCGACUGGGGAAUGCCCAGAAGGGUGACGUCGUGGAAGAAAAGCAUGGCUUUGCGGAGAUCUUCCGCGGCGCAGGGUGGCAGACGGACGAUAUCCUCAAAGCACUCGAGCAUGCUGACGACUUUUACUGCGAGCGACUCGGAGUGGUCAAGUUGGACUGUUGGUCCCGCGGCCGGGUGGUUCUUCUGGGAGAUGCAGCAUUUUGCCCGUCGGCAACCACUGGAAUGGGCACCACCUGCAGCCUUGUUGGUGCUUAUGUACUGGCUGGCGAGAUAGGUAAACAUUGCGGAGGAGGUUCUGGGGUGGAUACUGAUGGAAGUGCGAUGAAAGGUGCUUUGUCCAGCGCGUUCAAAGCUUAUGAACAAACGUUUCGGCCCUUCAUUGACCAGGUCCAAAAGGGAUUAUCGGAGGGGUCUAGUUCUUGGGAUCAGGUUCCAUCGACAUCCUUCGGUAUUGCUGUCCUCUAUUUUUUCUUGGCUAUAGCCUCAUUCUUCAGAUUGGAUGUCCUGGCAAAGUGGGUCCUCCGCGAAGAUGUAAAGGGAUGGGCACUCCCUGAUUACGAGGAGAUGAUGUCUGGUUAA